AUGGUUCCACCAAUUAGCCCGAGUGCUUUUCGGCCAUAUUCAACAACACCCGGAGUGGAGGCUGCCGGUUGCAGUAAUGCUGGGAACAUGAACAAGAGAAUGAUCGAGUUCUUGGGGACGAUCGUUCGGGUUUCGACGACGACGGCAGCCGACGAUGAACAGAGGAAUUUGAAGCACAAGUUGAAUGAGAGACGGAGGAGAGAAAAGGAGAAAAUUUGCUACUUUGCCAUGUAUUCUGUCGAGGAAUUUGAAGCACAAAAUGAUAAGAAGUCGAUAGUUCAGAUGGCAACAAAAAGAGUUCAAGAGCUGGAACUGGUGAAGAAGGAUUUGGAGAGGAAGGACAAGGAAUUGCAGGCAAAUAACGAAGGAGACAAGAUCAGAGUGAGGAUAGAUGAUCCAACGUGUGGGUUUGAUUCAGUGUUAGAGGCUUUGAAAUGCUUGAAUGAUCCUGUCGAGCUUUACAAAUCAAUAAUUCCUUGCUGUUUUGGAUACUGCAACUGA